UUUGCGCACGAAUUUCAAGGUAAUAUGUUAGUGUGAUAAUUCUGAUGGGAAACGUUAGGUGCACAAAAGAUGAUGACUUCCCACUAUAUACUCGGUUGGUGACAACAAUGAUGAUGAAUUGAUCUUUGGAACAUAAAAUAUCAAUUUCUGGUACUAAAUUACCAAACCAAUUUCUCUAUCUUUUCCAUACAUAAAAAACUAGAAUCCAUUUUUCCCUUUGCAUACAUCUCUAGUAAUUCAGCGCCCUAACUAAUUCCAUGGCUAAAAGAGGAGUUUUCCCAGCAAACUCUUCACACACAUUCUUCACUCUCUUAUCACUCCUCUCUUUUAUAUGUUUUGCAAGAACUACCGGAGAAAGCCGCGGCGCCGCCUUUGUGAGGCGACUUGACCCCAACAAAUUAGGCCUCGGCAAAGAAAAGCUCAGCCAUUUCCGCUUCUACUGGCACGACAUCGUCAGCGGCCCGAACCCUAGCGCGGUGGUAGUCGUCCAACCGCCGACGAAUGCUUCGACCGCCUUUGGCAUGGUGAGGAUGAUCGACAACCCGAUGACGGAACGGCCGGAGCUGAGCUCGAAGCUGAUAGGAAAAGCGCAGGGUUUUUACGCCUCCGCGGCGCAGCAAGAGGUCGGCCUUAUAAUGGCUAUGAAUUUUGCUUUCCUUCAAGGCAAAUACAAUGGAAGCACAAUCACUGUGUUGGGAAGGAACCCAGUUUUUUCAAAAGUCCGAGAAAUGCCUGUGAUUGGAGGGAGUGGAUUGUUUAGGUUCGCUAGAGGUUAUGUUCAAGUGAGGACUCACAACUUCGAUCUUAACACCGGCGAUGCCAUUGUUGAGUACACUGCUUAUGUAUUUCACUACUAAUAAUUAUUGUAAUUAUAUUUUGUGCUUUUUCUUUUCUUUUCUUUUCAGCUAGCCUUGAGGUGACAUGACACCACUCAAUACUAUGGCCACCUUAAAUUAUUAAUAAUGAUGAUACUUUCAUUGUA